CUCUAAUUGUCAAGAAAAUUCGUGAUCCAGUACAAAACGCCCUGACCUUAACAAGCCAGGAACCUCAAGGCAUCCCUUCACUCAUGCUUGUCGACUAAGCUGAUCAGCCCCUUUAGUCCUUAAACAACCGCACCUUAAAGAUCGAAAGUAUCAAGAUGUUGUCUCGUGCAGCACAAUUGCACAUUCAGAUUCUGUCCUUAGCUUUUGCUGCUGGCGCUGUUGGUGGGCUUGUGAACUUUCUCAUUGCUCCCCUAUUUGGAGCGCUACACAUCACCACAGCUCUUGGAGUGCACAUAGCUCCUGGCCUGGUAAAGGGUGACUUGUACUCCAAAGUUGUCUGGGGAGGCAUCUGGGGAUUCCUGUUUAUGCUACCUCUCAGGAAGUAUGUAAAGAACUGGGGCGCGCGGGCGUGCAUCUUCGGGCUGUUCCCUUCGGCAGUGCAGAUGUUUCUGGUCUUCCCCCAUUCGACGCCCUUCGGCAUUGGCGGCGUGGGGCUCGGAAAGCUCACUCCCCUCUUUGUCAUCAUCUUCAACACCAUUGGCUGGAGCGUGCCUGGCUACCUCUGGUUCCGCCUGGCAGGGUAUGAGGAUGCAGAGAGCCUGCGCUCUCACAGGCUCACUGGAGACACUGAGGCUUUGCUGGACUGAGAAUCGAUGUUAUAGUAUUUACACAUCCGUUACAUGAUCUCUGAGUAGGCCCAAGGCAAGAUAGCACUAGAAGAGUGCUCUUCUACAGAGACAGCAUAUAUGACACUAUGUAGUCUUGGACACAUCCAGAAGUGUCAGAGAGACGUGCAGGUUCUAAGCAAGUACACAGAUUGCAUGCUAAAAACUUUCCUUUAUUGGACACAGCACCUUAUUGAUUUAGUACCAAAACACGUAAAGUCAUGGACGUGGAGAGUCUGAGUUGUGAAGUGCAAAUCUGUCAGCAAUAUCGUGUGCCAUUUC